UCAAUCGAGGGUUCCCUUUGCUUCACUUCUCCUUCUGCGCCCCCUCCAAUGGCUUUGUGGCCUAUAUUGCUCGACAUUCUCCAGCAGCCCAACCCAUUUGCUGUCAAGGCCGAGCUCUCCAUGCUGGUAGCUCCCCUCUGGAUUGCGGUUCUUGUUGGCGUUCUCGUUGGAUGGUCAUGGCGGCCCAAGUGGGCAAUUUUGGCUAAUCAAUCAGAUACUGCUCCAGAGUCCUCGAGCUUCAAGCUUCAACUGCCCAGCUGCAUCUCCUGGAUUUCCAGUGAUGAUUCUUCCAGUUAACCUCCCCCACCUACUACUACCCUCGCUUCUGAUUCAAGGUUUGUUUGCAGUCGCGCCCCAGUUCCUUGAAUUCGGGUCCAUAUCGGUUUUUCGGAUUCCACUGAAACCGAAACCGGAAAAACCGCUUGAGAGCUGAAACCGAGAACCCAAACCCGACAAGCCUCACUAUCGGUUCGGGUUCGGGUUAAACCGAAAACCCAAAAUCGAUUUGACACCCCUAUUCUCGACAUAGCAGCGCUUAUUGAAGCAGAUAAACUCGGAGUUACGCAUUAUAGACGCUAACGUCUUUUGAUUUUGCUUUUCAUUUCGAAUGUACUAAAUAAAAUCUGAAAAUUUAA